AUGCCGCGCCCCAACUUCUCACAAAAUGCACCGCCGCCCCAAACGCCGGUGUACUCAGAUGCCUCAAGUUCCUAUUGGCCACCGGGCUGGAACUAUGACCGCUACCGCCAUGCUACUCACGCUGACAUCGCCGAGCUUCCUGAGGGGGAGCUUUUGAAGAUGCAAGCGGGGUUGCGCGACGUACUCGGCGAAGACGGGGUGGAAAACUUGGCAAUGCAUGUAUAUGAAGAGCAGCAGCAAUCGAGCGCUGAUACUAAGGAGAGUGUGCCCGAGUACUUCCCACCAAAUUGGCUCAAGCAUUGGAGCGAACGCCACAAGGGCCAGACGUGGGGUGUGGUGGCCUUCCGGACAGCCAGCUACGAUGAUCCAGAGCGGUGGGAAGCUUUCGCCAAAGAAGUCGACAGGAUUAUUGAGAUUCCUUUCCAGAGGGCUAUCGAGGAAGGCGACGUUCCCGAGGAGUCUAUGGAAUCCAUUGAGGAGGCCAGGUCCAAGUUUGAGAUGAGGUGGAUCGAAGAUGCUGCCCUGGCCAGCGAAAGCGCCGACGAUCUCCGGGCCAGAUUCGACGGCCUCAAGUCGGACCUGCCCACCGGCAUGUCGGACAAGGUAUUCCUCGUCGCGUCUGACGAGGCAGUCGUAUCUGUUCUGGAUUUGGAGGAAGCUGAACGGCCGACUACGAGAUCCAAGUGGUGGCGUCCAUCGGCGCCGUUUCUGCUUGUCAUCGCCGCAGAUCCUGAUCCGGGGCUGGACGAAGGUCAUGAGGAGAGGGAGUGGUUCAAGCCUGUUUUCAAAGUAGCAGCGGAAGUAGUGGUCGAGGAGCUUUUGUGGCUUCUGGACUCUGACAUCAUGCCUCUGAGAAGAAUUACGCGAAGCGUCAAGGGAUUGGAAAACAUCACAGGCAAUGAGGUCGUCGGGCACAGGGAAGCGGAUGAUCUCUGGUGGAGUACGGCUCCCUCUCCGCAGAGAAUGAGGAAGCGUCGUGGAAUAUAA